UCUGUAAGUUUUUGACAUUGGAUGCUGACCACAUGUUUUAGUGGACUCACCUAGCUGAAGGCGCUCGGGCAUGCAUCCGCACCAGAUCACGUGUGAGAACGCCGUGCUCAACUGCUACUGCAAUCGCUAGCCAGAUUAGAUCCGAUAAUUCCGAUAUAUCGGCAAUCGUCAAAUACAACUUCUGAUCUCCCCGAUUCUGUCUUUUGAUUUCUCUUGGUGGGUACGAGUUACAUUAGAAGGUGUUACUGGUAAAAGCGUUGUCAAGCACUGAAUACCUGUGCAAUCUUCAUUGGUGAGACCGACGUGAUCUGGUACACCAAAUCGUAAACUGUGGGUCUGUUCCAUUUUGGGAUUCUAUAUAUCAUUGCUCUAAUUUAAUUUUUUAUACAUUGUGAUAUUUUUUCCCGCGUUUUUGGAUAUCUAUAUAUUUUUCACUCGUGUAUUCUCGUACUUAAUUUUCGCCCAUGACUGAACAAACCCCCAAGGUAUUUAAGAUUAAGACUAUGUUCUCACCCUCGUUCCAAUUCAUGCCCUUCUGGCCCGACAAUAUCGAAGCCUGGUUUUGCUAUGCAGAAGCCGACUUCCACGAGCACAGCGUGAACGACACACAUGCACAAUUCCUCGCAGUAGUCAAGGCGGAUUCAACAGGUACGUAACACCUAGUAUGUUUACUAGUGAUGUUUCUGAACCUUACGAAACCUUAAAGCGUUCUAUCCUUAAAAAAGGAGACCUAACCGAUCGACAAAGGUUAGACCAACUUUUUAAUAACAUAGACCCGCAACACGCUUCUGCGACGGACAUGCUGCAAAGGAUGAGAGAGGUCAUAGGACUAAGAACUUUCGACGAACGCCUAUUCAAACAACUUUUCUUGUCCAAACUUCCCCAACAAAUGCAAACGGUUUUGGUCUCGUUUCGAAACAACGUCUUAGACGAGCUGGCUGCAUCUGCCGACCACAUCCUAUAAAUCACGAAAUCUAAUGCCGAGGUCUUUUCCAGUCAAAGAAAAGCUUCAAACGGCCCAGAAUGACAUAACCGAGUUAUGUCAUACACUCACGCGUCAUCUAAAUCUUCGUAACGACCGUAAGCGAUCACACACCCCACGUAGAAGCACUUCACGUAAGCAAUCUGUCUCUAGACCACGAGAGACAGACAAUCCCGACUGGUGCUGGUAUCAUAACCAGUAUGGAAAGUCUUCCAGAAAUUGCAGAAAACCCUGCAAUUUUCCAAACACAAAACCGACUGACUCGAAAAACAACUCGGGAAACUUCCAAUACGGUACGCGUUAAAGGCAACCGUAGCCGGCGAACAUAGCCGUCUGUUAUACGUCACUGAUGUGACAACGAGAAUUCGCUACCUCGUCGACACUGGUGCAGAAAUUGGCGUUCUCCCAGCGAAUCACAACGACCGGCUUCACGAAUCGGUUCUUAACUUACAGGCGGCAAACGGGAAGCCUAUCGCUACGUCUGGCAAGAUAUACGUUUACCUUAACAUGGGUUUACGCAAACCCAUACACUGGAUCUUCGUUGUUGCAGAUGUUUCUAUGCCAAUCAUUGGUAUAGACCUUCUAAAACACCACAAUCUAAUCAUCGAUACGCGCAAACGGAGGCUAGUAGACAGAAACACUAAUUUAUCUGUUUGCAUAACUUCUUUUCUGGUUGUAGAUUAUCUCCAGUCACAAUUAAGCAUACGAUAGACCCAUUUUAUUAACCACUACUCGAUAAGUAUCCUGGGAUACUCCAAACGCAACUGAAGUCGCCGUGUGUAACCAGCAGCGUUACACAUCACAUCACGACUACAGGACCACCUGUGUUCUCUAAAGCACGCCGACUAGCCCCAGAAAAGCUAAGGUUGGCGAAAAACGAGUUCGACCACGUGAUAGACUUAGGGAUCAUACGACCGUCAAGUGGCCCAUAUGCAUCUCCGUUGCACAUGGUCCAUAAAGAGGACAGCAACGAUUGGCGUCCAACUGGUAACUAUCGGCGACUGAAUGCUCAAACUAUUCCCGAUCGUUACCCGUUGCCUCACAUUCACGAUUUGACAGCUACCUUGAAAGGUACAACUGUAUUUUCAAAAAUCGACUUGGUCAAAGCGUGAAACCAAAUCCCUAUGGAUACUGACGACAUACAGAAAACAGCUAUCAUAACUCCCUUCAGAAUCUACGAAUUUUUGCGAAUGCCUUUCGGUUUAAGAAACACCGCCCAUACCCUCCAAAGGUUCAUAGACGACGUUUUUCGAGGUCUCACCUUCGUACAUGCGUAUGUUGGAGACUGUUUAAUCGCAAGUCCGGACAGAGAAACACAUUACGAGCAUCUGGAUCUUGUUUUCGAACGACUACAAAACAUGGCAUUACUGUAAACAUUCAGAAAUGUCAAAUCGGAACCGACUCAUUAGACUUUCUGGGACACACUAUCGAUGCUCAAGGUAUCCGACCUCUUAGAACCAAAGUGGCGGCCAUUCUGGAUUACCCAGAACCGACCACGAUCAAGCAACUACGAACGUUUAACGGCCUCGUAAGUUUCUAUAGACGUUUCAUACAGAAACGCGUGUUACUCAUGAAACCUCUUACCGUCCAACUUCGUGGAAAUGCAAAAUCCAUUGAGUUGGACGACACUGCACGAAAAGCACUCUCCACAAUUAAGGAAAUUAUCGCGAAAGCAACAAUGCUUGCUCAUCAAGACACUAAAGCACCCAUUACUAUCGUAUUAGACGCAUCCGACUGAGCAGUCGGAGUCUUACAACAAUAGGUCAACCACUCCUGGCAACAUUGGCAUUUCUCUCUUGACGGUUGCUACAUACUGAAUCGAGGUACAGCACAUUCGGUAGGGAACUCCAAGUUAUGUAUUGUGCUGUACGGUUUUUCAACAUUAUAUCGAAGGCCGUGAACUCACUCGUUUUACUGACCAUGAACCCCUUACUUUCUCGUUAAGCUCCUCUUCAGACAAGUACUUACCUCAUGAGUCUCGACAACUGGACUACAUUUCGCAGUUUAUUUAAGAUAUUCAACACAUUUCUGGAGCAAACAAUGUAGUUGCAGACGCCUUGUCUCACAUAACUUCCUUGAACAGUUUCCAAGGAAUAUACCUUCUUAAACUCGCCCAGCUUCAAAAGAAGACACUGAUCUUCACCACGAGUUAUCGUCUACAACCCUCAAACUACGCAUCAAACAGAUGGGAACAGGUAAGGAAACCUUACUUUGUGACACAUCGACAGGCAGGAAUCGCACAAUCGUGCCAAAACAUUACCGACGCAAUGUCUUCAAUACGUUGCACAAGCUUUCUCAUCCAGGCGUUCGUGCAACCAUCAAGCUUAUAGCAGAAAGGUUUUGCUGGCCUGGCAUGAAUAAAGACGUGAGGGAGUGGGCACGCUACUGUGCAAGCUGCCAAAAAUUUAUGGUUAUCAGACACAAUAAAUGUCCCUUUGGCUCUUUCAAAAGUUCCGACGCUCGUUUCGACCAUGUUCAUCUGGAUUUGGUAGGACCUUCACAAGAUUCAAAUGGAUACUAUUAUCUCUUAACCUGCGUAGGCCGUUUCACUCAAUGGCCAGAAGCAAGGCCUAUCAAGGACAUCACCGUUGAAACAGUGGCUCGCGCCUUCGUCGAGCGAUGGGUAGCAAACUUCGACUGCCCUUCAAUCAUCACUACAGACCGCGGACGUCAAUUUGUAUCUGAACUUUUCCGUCAUCUGACCACACUUUUAGGAAUCACUCGCUUCCGAACGACCACCUACCACCCACAAGCAAACGGGUUGGUAGAACGUUUUCACCGACAACUAAAAGCUUCACUAUCAGCUGCAAACGUUUCACAGUGGACCGACGCUCUUCCACUCGCCUUACUAGGUAUCCGCAAUGCAGUGAAAGCUGACAUUGGAUACACUGCGGCUCAACUCACUCAUGGAAUGACACUUCGACUUCCAGGAGAAUUCGUUCGUCCUUCACCCUCUUCAAUGAGCAUGGAUCCAACCUCCUACACGAACAGGCUUACAAACGCUGUGCGUUCAGUCAAACCAGCUUCCACUCGACCACAAUCAACUGACGUUUUCGUUCAACCUGACUUACGAUAUAGUACACACGUUUUCGUCCGUCGAGACUCACAUCGACGAUCUUUCGAAUCAGCAUACGAAGGACCUUUCAAAGUUCUUCAACGUGAAUCUAAGUACUAUAUAGUCUAUAAGAACGGAACAAACGAUAGCAUCAGCAUCGAUGGCCUCAAAGUAGCGUAUUUUUGAAGGAAAUCCUAAUCACGUCGAUUUUCCUUUGGUACAAUCGCACAACACGACUCCGACGCUUAUAAUACCCCAACCGACAGGCAUCACACACGAAGAUACUUCAGUACUAUCAGAAAAUAAACUUAAGACGACACGUUCUGGAAGAAGAGUAAGAUUUCCAGAACAUUUAAACGAGUAUUGCGCGUAAGGCAAUACUUGACAUUUUAUAUUAUCUCGAUUUUUCUUCUUACCAUAUGUAAUAUUUACAAAAACAAUUUUAUUAUGUUUAUAUAUUUAUAGUUCAAAAACAUAAAAAUCCAUUUUUUAACGAUAUUACGUGUACAGGACUUUAUUUUCAAUUUUUUCGCCGGGAUUGUGUCUUUACGCUCGUACGAGUGUAUUUAGACAUGCACUUACGUUUUGUUUUUUCUUUUCCAGGGCGGCUGGAAAAGAACGAUGAUGUUUACGAGGAGCCGAAAUUUUCAUUGUACUUUUUCUUACUAUAUUGAACUUCAUGGUCCCCUAUAGUAAGGAAAGACGACCAGAUGCUGGGGGAGGGAGUGAUCGGUAGCGGUAAAUCAAUCCCCAAAGUAAAUAGCUCUUGGACUCACCUAGCUGAAGGCGCUCGGGCAUGCAUCCGCACCAGAUCACGUGUGAGAACGCCGUGCUCAACUGCUACUGCAAUCGCUAGCCAGAUUAGAUCCGAUAAUUCCGAUAUAUCGGCAAUCGUCAAAUACAACUUCUGAUCUCCCCGAUUCUGUCUUUUGAUUUCUCUUGGUGGGUACGAGUUAUAUUAGAAGGUGUUACUGGUAAAAGCGUUGUCAAGCCCUGAAUACCUGUGCCAUCUUCAAUAUCUUUGUAGUGAUGUUCUCAAAGAAGUUUCCAUAAAACAUCUCAUACUGAUACGUUUUGGUCUGUUCUCCAUUUUUUGUUUGUGGAUUCGCGGUAAUUUCACGGUUCUACUUCACAGAUCGAAGAAAACUUAAAAAUUGGAUAGUAUCAGACUGCUACAUAUUUUAAAUUGAUAGAGAAUCGAAGUAUUGCUUUUCUGAUUGAUACGUAGGAGACUAAACUGUCGAACAAAGAGUCAAGGCAGAAGUUGCAAAACGUGUUAGCUGUGUUUAAAAGAGAUAAACUAACAAAUUUUGGAAAAAGUUUUUAUUGUA